UUAACUCUAAAGUAUCAAAAACUCUCUCUCUCUCUCUCUCUAGAAAGGAAGAGAGCUGAGAAAGAAAAAUACACAGCUAAGGAAAGAAGAAGAAGAGGAAGAAGAUGGGGGUAGCAGUAGUGGGCUUAGAUUCAAUGAGCGAAAGAGCAGCGAUGAUGAGAGAGGCACUGCAAAAAAGCCAGACCAUCACUGACAACGUCGUCACCAUUCUCGGCUCCUUUGACCACCGCCUCUCCGCCCUUGAAACCGCCAUGCGUCCCACUCAGAUAAGGACACAUUCUAUUAGGAAAGCUCAUGAGAAUAUUGAUAGGACUUUGAAGGCUGCUGAGGUUAUUCUUGCUAAAUUCGAUCUUUCUCGUCAGGCAGAGACAAAAAUACUUAGAGGGCCACAUGAGGACUUGGAGAGUUAUCUACGAGCUAUUGAUCAGCUAAAAGGCAAUAUCCAAUUUUUUAGCAGCAAAAAAAGCUUUAGAAGUUGUGAUGCAGUGAUCAGCAAUUCAAAUAAUCUACUCACUAAAGCUAUUUCAAAGCUAGAAGAUGAGUUCAAGCAGCGAUUAUUGUCUUACAGCAAGCCUGUGGAGCCUGACCGUCUUUUUGACUGCCUUCCAAAUUCACUGCGGCCAUCUUCUGGAUCUCCUGGGCCCAAUGGUGAAUCUAGUGGCAGGAAUCCUUCCAAUAACCAUUCUGAGCAAAAGAGUAUCUCAGAAAAUGCUGUUUACACUCCUCCAACUCUUAUACCACCACGGAUUCUGCCAUUGCUGCAUGAUUUAGCUCAGCAAAUGGUUCAAGCUGGCCACCAACAGCAGUUACUCAAAAUUUACAGGGAUACUCGUUCUUUAGUUCUAGAAGAAAGUCUCCGAAAAUUGGGAGUUGAAAAACUUAGCAAAGAGGAUGUUCAGAAGAUGCAAUGGGAGGUUUUAGAGGCCAAAAUCGGGAAUUGGAUUCAUUUCAUGCGUAUUGCUGUCAAACUGCUUUAUGCUGGAGAGCGGAUAGUUUGUGAUCAAAUAUUUGAAGGCUUUGAUUCUCUCAGGGAUCAGUGUUUUGGUGAGGUCACUGCAAGCAGUGUUUCAGUGCUACUUAGUUUUGGGGAUGCAAUUGCCAAGAGCAAAAGAUCACCAGAGAAGUUAUUUGUACUUUUGGACAUGUAUGAGAUAAUGCGGGAGCUUCACUCAGAGAUUGAAAUGAUUUUCAAAGGUAAGGCUUGCAGUGAAAUAAGAGAUUCCGCAUUUGGUUUGACAAAACGGCUUGCUCAAACAGCUCAGGAGACCUUUGGAGAUUUUGAAGAAGCUGUUGAAAAGGAUGCAACAAAAACUGCUGUCUUGGAUGGAACUGUCCAUCCUUUGACAAGCUAUGUCAUUAAUUAUGUGAAGUUUCUGUUUGACUAUCAAUCAACCUUGAAGCAGCUUUUUCUAGAAUUUGAUAACAAAGAUGAAACGGGUUCACAGUUGGCCUCAGUAACAAUGAGAAUAAUGCAGGCUCUUCAAACCAAUUUGGAUGGAAAAUCUAAGCAGUAUAAAGAUCCUGCUUUGACCCAUUUAUUUCUCAUGAAUAAUAUUCAUUAUAUGGUCAGAUCUGUGCGCAGGUCAGAAGCCAAGGAUUUGUUAGGGGACGAUUGGGUGCAGAGACACAGGAGGAUUGUGCAGCAACAUGCAAAUCAAUACAAAAGGAAUGCUUGGGCAAAGAUUCUUCAGUGCCUCACUAUCCAAGGCCUAACCUCAUCCGGGGGUGGGAGUUCAGUAGGUGGUGAUGGAGGAAAUAGUAGUGGAGUUUCUAGAGCAUUGGUGAAAGACAGGUUCAAGACGUUCAAUAUGCAAUUUGAGGAACUUCAUCAAAAGCAAUCUCAGUGGACAGUUCCUGACACUGAGUUGCGAGAGUCUCUAAGGCUUGCAGUCGCAGAAGUGUUGUUGCCUGCCUACAGAUCUUUUGUAAAACGUUUUGGGCCUCUAGUUGAGAGUGGCAAGAACCCUCAAAAGUACAUCAAGUAUGGAGCGGAGGAUCUUGAACGAAUGUUGGGUGAAUUUUUUGAGGGAAAGAACUUGAAUGAACCUAAGCGAUAAUGAAGAUGAUAUGGGCCAUUAACCUCUGCUUUGGUGGUAGACAUCACUCUCCUUUUGUAGAGAGUUGUGGUUUAGUUCCUGAGAGGUUCCUUUUACAGUGCCAUGCUUCUACCCUGCAUUAUAGGUGAUCACAUGUAUGGGUCUACCUAUUGUUGGAAAAAGUUGGUGAAAAGAAUAAAAGAAAGCAGAUAAUAUUGUAUGCAGUUGCUAUGUAAAAUACUGAAUAAGAGUGUGACUUCAUUCUUUCACAAAAUGGCUGUGUACUCUGGUUUGGUGGUGAUCCAAGUAUAUAUUUUUAUCAGAUUUAUUUAGUUA